AUGGCUAAUGCGGAAGAUACUCAGUUUCUUCUUUCGGAUACCAUGGUGCAUUUAACAGAAUGCGCUGAGACCAGCCAUCUCAGUCCGGAUCAGCUGCGCCAGCAACGCCUAAAGUACUUUUGUUGCGCCGAUACAGUCGCAAUCUCUUAUCCUCAGAGACGAUGGAUACACAAAGCAUACACAUCACUCCGUUCGGUACCACAAAUGAAGCCCAUUGUGUACCAGCUACGGAGGAGAGCGGCUAACUGGUGGCGCCUAUCAAGUGGCAUCUUUGUUAGCAAAUACCAAGAGUCGACAACUAAACCCCAAAGUCACGAUUCUUCUAAGACUAUCAUGUCUGACACUACGACUAGCACACCCCUCAUGUGUACCUUCAGACAUGCUCACUCUCCACUUGAAUGGACAUUUGGAGGGUUCCAGGUUACUGAGUUGGACGUCAACAAUGACGGGGUUGUUCAAAUGGAUGAACUUCUUGCAUAUUACGAGAACAUACCGUUGUCUUCAAGCCAAUCUACUAAAAAAGACAUUACACCAAGUAAGGCUCUGGGACCAGAGAACCAAAUGCGAAGCGAAACAACAUAA